AUGGAGAAGAACGGAAAAAUGGCAUUCCUUGAUGUUGAAAUUGGAGUACGUAUGGACGGCUCUGUGAGCCAUACUGUCUACAGGAAAACAACGCAUACCGACCGAUAUCUUCAUGCUAACUCACACCACCAUCCUCGACACUUAAACGCUGUAGUAGCAUCUUUGACCAAUCGCGCAUAUGACCUUUGUGAUGAAGACCACCUACAAUCUGAGCUAGCACACGUUGAAAAGGUCCUACAGCGGAAUGGAUAUAAAGUGGGAAACACAGCUACACGGGAUCAUAAGUUACUGCGACAGUACAGGGUUGAAAGACAACCAGCAUUUAUGCCAUAUCUUAAAGGAGUGACAGAUAAGAUAGCUAGAGUCCUGGGCAAAUAUGCGGUGAAGACUAUCUUCACUCCUUUCAAGAAGAUAGGGCAAAUGUUGCGUUCACCUAAAGAUAGCUUUCCCCUGGAAAAACCCGGAGUUUACAAAAUCGACUGUAGUUGUGGUAAAUCCUAUAUUGGACAGACGAAACGUACGGUAUCUUGUCGUAUCAACGAACAUAUCAAGGCGAAUUCACGAACUGUGGCAAACCGCGAACGAGAAUCAAGCGCUGAACGUUCUCAACGUCUGACCGCACAGAAUUCACGAACUGUGGCAAAUCGCGAACGAGAAUCAAACGCUGAACGUUCUCAACGUUUGGCCGCACAAAAUUCCAUGGAGGAAUGGAAAUAUAAUCAAGCGUUGAACGUUCCCAUCGACUAG